AUGGAGGCAGUCGCACCAGCGGUCCAUGCAAAACCUACACCGGAACCGCAGACAAUCGAUGAAGCUCCAGGAAACGAAAAUCUGAAGCAACCCAUGGCAUGCGCGGUGCCGGUGCCGGUUCGUCUGACGCACGAACCUGCGAAAUUCCAGCCAAGCGAUGAUGCCGCACGCUGGAUCAAACUCUUCGAGAGGGCCGCGGCGCACAAUGCGUGGCAAGAAGACUUCAAACUGCAAUCGGCAGAAUUGUGCAUGACCGGUGUGGCCCUGCAAUGGGCAAAAACUCAAUCGGAUCGCAUCAAGACAUGGACCGAAUGGCGCCAGGCGUUUCUCCGGCGAUUUGAUAGCGGCAGGAUAGCUAAAGCAAAACAGCAACUCCGAAACUUGAGCCGCGGACAAAACGACUCGCUGCUGGAUCACCUAGAUCGCGUCCAAUGGCUGUGCCACCAGGUGAACCCAACAAUGCCAGAUGACGAAAUAGUCGAACAUUUCGGAAAUACGGUGUCGGAAGAGGAAUUUGCACAUAUCGCAAAUAACAACCUUACCGCCGAUCUGGAAGGAAUCCGACGUAUACUCGAAAAACGCCAGAAACAAGCAUCCACGCGAAACAGAGCUUCGGAGAGCGUCAGGCCCCGAGUCCUUGCUCCCACGGUGGCGGCCCUCCGCCCCCAACGAAGCAGAAGUUUCGAGUGCAAUGAACGCAGCAGAAGCUUCGAACAAGACAGAGGAAACGAAAAACCGAGGUCGGGCGCAGCUACGUCCAUCGUACUCUGCGAAUCAGCCGCGGGAGCAACGAUCCUUCCAACGCCGCCGAAAUUCCGGCGGAGACCGCAGGGCGUUCGACGGGCGUCCGAUAUGUAA